AUGGUAGGCAAACCGCUGCCUAAGAAACUAGUGGUGCUGGGAGAUGGUGCAUGCGGGAAGACCUCGCUUCUUACUGUCUUUACGAAGGGCUACUUUCCUACGACAUAUGAACCUACCGUCUUCGAGAAUUAUGUGGAAAUGAUGCAAGUUGACGAUCAAACUGUAGAGUUGAGUCUGUGGGAUACAGCUGGUCAAGAAGACUUUGAUCGACUGCGCUCAUUAUCUUACGCCGAUACACAUGUGGUUAUGGUAUGCUUCUCAGUGGAUUCACCCGUCUCUCUUGAGAACACUGAAACCAAGUGGAUACACGAAGUGGAUGAGUUCUGUCCAGGAGUCAAGAUCAUACUAGUUGCAUUGAAGUGUGAUCUUCGUGAAGAUUUGGAGAUCAAAGAGAAGCUUGCCAAACGUUCACAACAUGCUGUCACGUACGAUGAGGGUUUAUCCGUUGCAAGAGCGAUUCGUGCCAGUCGAUAUCUAGAAUGUUCGGCAAAGCACAAUCGGGGGAUCCAAGAAGCCAUAUAUGAAGCUGCUCGUGUAGCAGUCGGCAGUCGCCCGAAAGGUGGUGGUGGCUCGAGUGGUAAGUUGAGAAGUGACAGUUGGAGAGAAGGGAAAUGUGUAAUCCUGUAG